AUGAUACUCUCGAGGACUGCUGGACGCUCCCUCGGGCGGCCAGGUCCUCUUCUGACAACUUUUCCUAGAAAGCAGCUGCUCUACACAGGGAGAAAUGCUCGACCAACAAUUAGAGCGCCCGCAGUUGCUCCAAGCAGGAGAACGACAUCCACCGAGUCUGGCGACAACGAAUCAGGCCACAUCCUGACCCAGGAGAAUCAAGGGAUCUUCUUCUUCGAUAAUGUCUUCCCACUAAAGCUGCAAUGGCUGAACCGCAUCCCAUACCUCAACCCGGACAAGUUCCUGGCAGAUUCCCUCAGCAAGGUCAACCAGCCCAACCUUGCUUUAGCCGAUCCGGGCAGUAUCAUCAAACGAGCUCUGCCAGAAGGCCUGCCUCUGCGUGUUGAAAAGAUCCUACCCCGGCUACGCGAAGGAGGCGCAUUUGUCAAGUUCUCUCAUGACGAAGGAAUAAAUUCCACCGAACUAGAAAGCACACUGAAGCAAUAUCUCCAGGAGAAGCCGAUCAGACCAUGGUUCAAUCCCCUGAGAAGAGUUCGGGCUUUCCUAGUGCAGGGCAAACCGUGGAUUGAGGAUCUAUAUCGCCUGCCUACAGCUCGACUCAAGGUGGAAUUUCUGCCUACUGCGCCGGAAAAUACCGCUGCCGAAUUGACCCAGGAGACCUUGUACUCACUGUUCCGCAGGUACGGCAAGCUCUCAGAGAUCGCCUCGCAACCUUCCGACUCGAAAGUCACCCCGAAAUAUGGAACUAUCGACUAUACCCGAGUUAGAUUUGCAACCAUGGCUAAGAACUGUAUGCAUGGCUACGUAGUGCCUCCAGAAGAGGGAGGCGGGAAAACAGGGACUCUACUCAAAUUGAGCUACGAGUCAAAGAAGAGGACGAAUUGGAUCUGGGAUUGGAUGACGAACCACCCGAGAAUCGUCAUUCCCAUCCUGGUUGCCCUUCUCACGGCCGCCUCGGUUGCUGUGUUCGAUCCGAUCAGGACCUUCUUCAUCAGAAUGCAUGUCACUCACGGCUUGCAUAUGGAGGAUCAGCCCAUCAUCAAGUGGAUCAGAGGCCAGCUGCUGCGCGGUUACGACAUCAUCCGGUUCCGAAAGAACAAGCGUGACGACGAGAAUCUCCGAAUUGUUUGGGAGGAUCGCCAGGGCGCAAUCAACCAACUACAAACGUGGCUGAUCGAGACUGCCGAUACCUUUAUAGUUGUGCAAGGGCCUCGCGGCGCCGGAAAGAAAGAGCUGGUGGUGGACCAAGCACUGAAGGAUCGCCCCAAUACUCUGAUCAUUGAUUGCAAGAAGAUCCAGGAAGCCCGAGGAGACAGCAACACCAUCGCUGCAGCCGCCGCAGAAGUCGGCUAUAAACCGGUGUUCUCCUGGAUGAACAGUAUCAGCAGCAUGGUCGAUCUCGCUGCAACCGCCACGAUCGGUACCAAGGCUGGAUUUUCCGAGACACUGGACAAUCAACUCGCCAAGAUCUGGGGCAACACGACGACUGCACUGAAGCAGAUCGCAUUGGCUCCACGUAAGAAGGAAGACAAGGAUCCUCAGAUGGCCGACGACGAAUGGCUUGAAGCCCACCCCGAAUGCCGGCCGGUGGUAGUGAUUGACAACUUCCUCCACAAAAAUAACGAGGGAUCGGCGAGUUUGGUCUACGACAAGAUUGGGGAAUGGGCUGCCGUGCUGACGACACAGAACAUCGCCCACGUGAUUUUCCUGACGACGGAUGUUUCAUUCUCCAAAUCACUUAGCAAGGCGCUGCCGGAUCGUGUGUUCCGCCAGAUCACUUUGAGCGACUGUUCUCCGGAAGUGGCCAAGAAACUCGUCCUAAAACACCUGGACGCGGAUGGCGACACUGACGAGAACACCCCGACGGGUGAGGAGAAAGCGGAUGCUUCGCACAGGCGGAGCGAUCUUGACGAGCUGGAUGGUGUGAUACAAGUGCUUGGAGGUCGACUGACAGAUCUGGAGUUCCUCGCGAGACGGAUCAAAACCGGCGAAUCGCCCGGCAAAGCCGUACGUCAAAUCAUCGAGCAGUCCGCGUCAGAGAUCUUGAAAAUGUAUCUCCUUGACGUCGAUGUGUCGACCCGCAAAUGGACGCCUCAGCAAGCAUGGCUGCUGGUCAAGGAGCUGGCGGCCAACGAAACUCUUCGAUACAACGAAUUCAUUCUCAACGAUCUGUUCAAAGACGGGGAGACUGUGCUGCAAGCUCUCGAGCAGGCCGAGUUAAUAUCCAUUACCUCGAAGAACGGUCGACCAUACGGCAUCAAACCAGGGAAACCGGUCUACCAAUCUGCAUUCGAAUACUUGACGGACGACGAAGUCCUCAAGGCGCGGCUCGAUCUCGCUAUUCUGUCACAGCUGAUCGGCCAGGAAAACAAGAACGUGGAGAAAUACGAGGCGGAAUUGAGGACGUUGGCAGAUUUGCCGGGGACACCAAGCGAACUGAAGCCUCGUAUCCACUGGUGUCUGAGCAAGGCGAUGGCCAGCCAGGAGAAGGUGAUGAAAUAUGAGGCUCAAAGUGGGCAGUUGAAGAAGAUACUCGCAGAGAAGUUUUGA